CGAAUCGAAGUAAUCGCUUCAUGCCUACCGGGCAGCAUGGCGGACGGAGAGGACAAGAGUCUGGAUGACUUCUUCGCCAAGCGCGACAAGAAGAAGAAGAAAGACCGCGGCCGCAAGGGCGGCAACGAGGGCGCCCCCGUCUCCUCUUCGGCUUCCUCCGUCGGGCCCUCGGCCGCAGCGGCGGCGGCGGCGGCGGCGGCCCCGACUCCGGCGGCGCCGCCGGUCGCGGCGGCUGCCAUCGCCGUCGCUCCCUCGGUCUCGGCCACGGCGGGCGGCGCGGCUGUUGCCGCCGGAGGUGCGAGCUCGGCCGGCGGGGCCGCUCCAGGCAACGCGGGGGCUUCGGGUGGAGGGCAGGCCGCGGCCUCGGCCUCCGUCAAGAAGCCGAGGCGGGAGCGGGAGAAGGCGCAGCGCGGCUCGGAGAACGCGGAUAGCGCCGCGGUCAAGGAGGAAGAGGAGUGGAAGGAGUUUGAGCAGAAGGAAGCCGACUACAGUGGCCUCAGGAUACAAGCGCUGCAGAUCAGCGAGGAGAACGUGGAGGAGGAGGGCGGCCUCGAGGGCAAGGAGGACAAGGACAGCGACGGGGAGGGCACGGCGCGCGAUAGCGAGCGCUCCUCCGGAGUGUGGAGCCGGCAGGGCGGCCAGGCGCAGCCCACUGCCCCCGCCGCGAAGCUAGCGGCCGAGGCGCUGGACGUGAAGGGGGUCGUGGGGGGUGUCUACCGCCCCCCGGGUGCUCGCUCGGGCUCAGCGGCGACCCCUCGCCGGGGACCCCAGAAGCCCCCUGAGAUCACGAGCGAGUCGCAGUUCCCCUCUCUGCAGGCGGCCGCCAUGGUGGAGACGAAGAGGGAAAAGGAGCUGGAGAAGACGUUCGAGACGGUGAAGCACCGCGGGCGGGCGCGCGAGGACGGCCAGCGCGCCAAGGGCGUCGACCUGGAGCUCGGCAAUCAGUUCGCCGUGCUCGGCGAGUAGCGACCAGAGCCAUGGCCCAUCUGGUCUUUGGGGUGGG